AUGGCACGCACCAAGCAAACAGCCCGUGCCUCCAUCGCCAUGACGCUCUCACGUGCUUGGGCCCCCUUAUGUGGCUGUUACAUUCUCGUUGAUCAUAAGCCCAUGUACCUCCCCCACGUCAUGGUUGAUAUUCACGCAACCAUCCUUGAUACCAUCUCCCACACAACUCUUACACAAACCUUCAUCAACCCUUCUCAAGACGUCCCUAUUGAAGAAGUCAAAUAUAUUUUCCCCCUUUUUGAUGGCGUCUCUGUGACUGCGGUCUCUUGCAUUGUUGGAGACCGCACCAUUACAGGCGUCGUCAAAGAACGACAAAAGGCCAAACAGGUAUAUGAAGAAGCCAAGUCUCUUGGUAAAACCGCCGGCCUCUUCGAGCAAUCCCUUGAGGCUGCGGAUGUCUUCUUCACCUCCGUCGGCAAUGUACCUGCAGGCGGGGAAGUGACUGUCGUUAUUACCUAUCUCGGGGAGCUCAAGCACGAUGCCGAAAUAGAUGGCGUUCGUCUUACUAUCCCUACUCGUGUCGUGCCACGAUAUGGGAACUCCACUAUCAAGGGCUCUUUGGUCCAGGAGAAAGGGAUGUCCAUCACUGUUGACACUGAAAUGGCCGAGGGAUCCACUAUCAAGUCUCUCCAAUCACCCUCUCAUCCUAUCUCGAUCAACAUCGGCAAGCUGUCCACAGAGCUAGAAGGCACUUCUGAGCCCUCUCUCUCCAAGGCAUCUGCCACUUUGACUCAAGAUGUCUCUGCUUUAGAUAAGGACUUCAUCAUUGAGGUGGCGGCCACCAAACUAGGCGAGCCUAGCGCAUUCUUGGAGACGCACCCUACCAUCCCUGACCAACGUGCCCUCAUGGUUUCGCUUGUGCCCAAAUUCAGACUGUCCUCAGAGAGGCCAGAGGUGGUCUUCAUAUGCGACCGCAGUGGAAGUAUGAGUGGGAAAAUACGAGGUCUUGUCAGCGCUCUUCACAUUUUCCUCAAGUCCUUGCCCGUUGGCGUCAAGUUCAAUGUAGCCAGCUUUGGCUCAAAGUAUUCUUUCCUCUGGCCCAGGUCCAAGACAUACGAUCAGAAUUCUCUUGACGAAGCUACAGAGCAUAUCAACACAUUCAGUUCUGACUAUGGAGGCACUGAAAUGUACGCUCCAGUGGAAUCCGCUUUUGAACGCCAGUAUAAGGAUAUGAAUUUAGAGGUAUUCCUACUUACAGAUGGAGACAUCUGGGAUCAAGACCGCCUGUUUAAUCUCAUUCAGACCCAAGUUGACGAGACCAAGGGGAAAACUCGGGUUUUCAGCCUUGGAAUCGGAUCGGGAGCUAGCAGUUCCUUGGUUGAAGGUGUUGCCCGCGCAGGGAAUGGGUUCGCACAGUAUAUCCAAGACGGCGAGAAGAUGGAUAAGAAGCUGAUGCGAAUGCUCAAGGGUGCUCUUUUGCCCCACGUGAGUGACUACACUCUCGAAAUCAAGUAUGAGAGCGAACAGAAUCACAUGCAGCUGGAUGAUGAGGACGAGGAUGAAGGGUUCGAAGUGAUCGAGUAUGUGCUGGAUUCACUACACAUUGACACGAGUGAGCCAAGCAGCCCGCAGGCGUGGCCCGCAGAGCCUAGCGAGAGUGUGCCUCUGUUUGAUUCAGAGUUUGAUGAGGGCGAUCACACCUUGGAGGCUAGUGGAGAUAAUGUCGUCGACAAGUAUCAGCAUCUUCCUCAAAUUGACACUCCUCGAUACCUCCAAACCCCGACUGAGAUUCCACCGCUCUACCCAUUCUCGAGAACAAAUGUCUACAUCCUGCUUUCAGAGUCGACGCCGCAGAGGAAAAUCAAGUCUGUGUUUUUGACCGGAACAAGCCAGCAGGGGAAUCUCACAUUAGAGAUCCCGGUUGUGAAUCUGACCCGGGAGUCCACAACCAUCCAUCAGCUUGCCGCCCGCAAAGAAAUGAGAGAGCUCGAGAAGGGUCGUGGUUGGCUUACCAAGGCCAAGGACAGCGACGGACAGCUUCUCAAGAACAAGCUAGAUGGGCGAUUCUCCGACAUGCUUGAGCGAGAAGCUGUCAGGCUUGGGCUACAGUUCCAAGUCAGCGGCAAAUGGUGCUCCUUUGUUGCCGUCGAGGGGUUGGCGAACGAUGAAGCCGAUGUAAAAGGGAAGCAACCUCAGAGAAACGAGACCGCCAAAUCCUCUGGCUCGUCAUCCAUGGGUGUUGCUAAAGCUACGGCUCCCGUGAGCACAUGGGGCGCGGCUCCUCGGAAGCAACUUGCGUCGAAAGCUGCCAGGAAGUCAGCCCCUUCCACAGCACCAGUUCCUACAGUACAAAGAGGUAUUGGACUGGGUGUUGGAGGAGCCCUGAGACAUAGAAGGAUUUCAACUUUCACAGAGACGAUGGAAGAUGAUGGGGAACAAGCCGACAGCGAGACAGGCAGCCCAGAGAAAAGGGUCACUUUUGAGGGGCUGGAAUCACCUGCUAGAAAAAGAGCCAAGAGAUCUUCCACCGUUGACCCCUCCAACAAGCUCCAGGCGCUCAUUGCUCUCCAGACAUUCAGCGGCAGUUGGCUGUGGGGCUCCAGCCUUGAGAAAGUUCUUGGAGUCACUGCUGAGAAGGUUCUCAGUAUGAAACUUCCCGCGUCAGUGCUCAAGCAUGCGAGGAAGGAGGAUAUCUUGGCCACUGCUUGUGCCGUCGCCUUCUUGAAGAAGUGUUACGCUGAUGACAAAGAGUCUUGGGAGAUGUUGGUGGAUAAGGCUGAAGAGUCGGUGAAGUCUCAGAUUGGAGACGACCUCUACAAGUUGGAAAAGAUGUUUAAGGCUUUAUUUUAG